AUGGUCUACACGGAAAGCUGCAAACAAAAGGGAUCGAUACGGGAGAUAGAUGAGGGUGAGAGUGAGGAUUCUAUCCAGAUCUUUGACGAAGAUGGCGUCUCUAUGCGUGGACCUGAUAUUCCAUCGCUUUCUUUCGCCGAGGCUAUGGAAGCGGCACGAAUACAAGAGGCGAAAGCCGACUCGGACUCGGUCAAUAUUAUCGAGUCCGACGAAUGGACGCCAUUCAGCCCGGAUCUGACCACCGACGAAGUGCGGAGAUGGGCAGAAGACGGCUGCCUAUUCUGUGCUGAGCUCAUAUCAUCCGAAGGAGUGGAAGAAAGCAGUGGCAAUUCUACGAUGGUCUACUGGAUGACAAACGAACCGUACGAGAAGAUGGGCAUUAUGGUCUUAUUUGCGUCUCGGCAGGAAGACGGGUCCGUCAGCGAUGCCUGGGGCUGUUUCAACCUGCUCACAUUUCCAGGCGGCGUUGCUUCACAGGUGAUACCCCGGCAUCCGAUCAACACCGACCCGGCAUCUGAGCAGUCAUUUAAGCUCGUCAGAGGGUGGCUGCAGACCUGUCAGAGUAGCCAUGAGGGCUGUCCGAAGGUGACAUCAAAGUUCAUGCCGACUCGAGUGAUUGAGAUUGUGGGCGAUGGAGAGGACGGGAUGCAGCUGCGGCUGCUAGAAACACGUGGGUUGAUUGUCCAAUAUGUGGCCCUGAGCUAUUGUUGGGGCGGGGAGCAGGAGCUGAAGACCACGGCUGCGGUACUGCCCCGGUUCAAGGAGAGUCUUCCGGCCUUUGCGAAGCUGCCAGCGACGAUCCAAGACGCAGUAAGGGUGACGCACGAGCUGGGCCUGCGCCACCUGUUUGUCGAUGCCUUUUGCAUCGUGCAGGACGACGGCGACGACAUGCAGCAGCAGAUUGCGCAGAUGCCCGCGAUCUACAGCGAGGCGGUCGUGACCGUUAUCGCGUCGAGAGCGGCGAGCGUGGCUGAUGGGUUCUUGCAGAAGAGGCCGUCGUCGCUGCCAGACACAGACGAAGAACGCUACGAGGCUGCCUUCCAGCUGCCGAUGCGAUGCGCCGGAGGCGAUCUGGACAGCGUCGUCCUGCUUCGGCUCGCCUACAAGGGCCUGACUACAGAUCCGAUCUACACGCGCGCGUGGACGAUGCAGGAACAGCUGCUGGCAACGCGCAUAAUUGCCUAUAACCACAACCACACACGCUGGGGCUGCUGGUCUGCCCACACGCCCACCGACGGCUGGAUCCAGGCCGGAGGAGGCGACGAUUUUGUCCAGGCAUGGGAGCCGGCCGUCUUUCGGGCCCCGUCGCUGUCGUCUGGGCCGCCUGUCCGUCCGGAUGUAGAAACCGUGCGGUAUGGAUGGCGUCGGCUGGUGAUGCAGUACACGUCCCGGUCGCUGAGCUUUCCGGGCGACAAGCUGCCAGCUAUUGCCGCGGCGGCUGUUCGUGUUGGUGAGGCCUUGCGCCAGGACGACUACGUUGCCGGACUCUGGAAGUCCAGCCUGAUCCAUGACCUGUUCUGGAAGACGGUGCAGACAACGCGACAGGUCCGGCCGAGAGAAUUUCGGGCGCCGUCAUGGUCUUGGGCCGCUGUGGACGGCGAGAUUGACUAUUUUGCACGCAUCGUGGAUCUGAAGUCAGCGACAGUCGAGGUCUUGGAUUGCCGUGUCGAGCCGGCACAUCAGAUGCUGCCGUAUGGCGCGGUCAAGGGCGGCUGCUUGGUCGUCCGGGGGCGAUUGCGGCGUGUCGUCUUGCAGCUCGAAGCAACCGACAGAAAUUUUUUUCAUGCCACGGAGCCGGACCGAGAAGGAUUGGAAGCUAUGCUUCCGGUGUCUUUUGACGCGAUCGAGCCGGAAUUCGCAAACACUGCCGGAGAUUCCAUAGAUGUUGCCCUUUUGGAGCUGCACGACGAAAGUUCGGGAGAACCAGUGAGCCUUGUCCUGCGUGAUCUUGGUAACGAUACGUUCUGUAGACUGGGUGUAUCGUUUCGGUCUGCUAUGGUGAGAUUUCAGAUCGGCGACAGUGUAGACGACGGUCGGGAACUGGCAAGAUCGCAUCUCGACUGGGUGAAAGGGUUUGAGAAGUGUGUCCCAACGACGAUUACUAUUGUGUAG